AUGUUCCUGGCGCUCGAGCCUGGGUAUCCGGCAACGCGAAACAGCCAGUUGCCAUCGGGCUUGGCGGGAACGAGCCAUUCAGGGCUGCCAUUGAGGCCCAACUCGAGACUCGACAACGAAUGGCAAGACUCGACCGAGCAGCUGGUACCGAUGCCAGCUCACUCGACAGUCUGCUCACCGCCGGGUAGAAAUACGCCCGCGCCGUCUGGACGAGGGGGCUGGUCGACCCACAAGGCAUUGCAGCUUCAAAGCGCAAUGAGAUAUCUUUGCAAUCUCAACAUCUACAUCACGGUCGAAGCCGCAACCCUCAUCGGACUCAUCUUGGUCAUCACCACUUCAUACCUCUACACCACAAUCAUGAUGGCGAGGAGAAGAAGAUCCGGCGCCGCCAAGGCUGCUGAUGGUAAGGGUACGGCUCCCGCGAGGAGGGAUAACGACAACAGGCCCGAGACUUCGCCCUACGGCAGCCUCGCCUGCCCUGUCCCCUUCUCCAGCCCGCUCAAUGUGCCGCUGGACAUCCUCAAGAAGAGCCCUAAGCUCCAUGCCGCCUAUGAGAACCGCCUCCCGGAGCUUCCGACCAUCCCCCAGGACGUCGGCCAUGUGCUCGUCCACUACCUCCACACCGGCACAUACAGCUCGCUCAAGCCCAGGCCGACCGAGACCAUGACGAAGCAGGUUUGUGAGCUCAAGACCAGCAUCCAGGUGUACGCCGCCGCGAGGGCGUACGAGCUCCCGGAUCUCAUGCGCUUAGCCGAGGCCAAGAUCGACAAGUUCGGCAGGAACCUGGCCCUCCCCACUCUUCUCGAGGUGGCCCGGGAUGCGUACCCGUCGUUGACCGAGGGGGACGCUUGGUUUCUCGACUAUCUCCGGGCCCGCAUCCGCCCGCACCUCAAGGACCCCGCAACCCUUAUGGGGUCGAACCUGCUGGACCAGAUCAGUGGCAUCCUCUCGCCCAACAGGGUCCUCCUCAGGACCGUCCUCGAGCUCUUCUGCGAGAGGAUCGUCGUCCGCCCUGACUCGCCGGCCCCCGCCGCCGGCGUGAGCACCAUCGCGAGCCCCAUCACCAGCCCGGGCAGCUCUCGGCCCGUAACCCCCGCGUCUGCCUCACCCAAGUCGCUCCUCGAGAUGAGGUCGAGGUCCGUCGUCCGGGAAGACGUCACCCCCGUUCGGAAGAGCAAGAGGGUGACGUCGUGGACGGCUCACGACAACGAAUCGGAAGCUUCGUUGUCCAUCUCGCCCGAGCCGACCUCGGAGACGGGCCCCACGUUCGAGAUCCAGCCCGUGCCUGAGACGUCCCGUGCCGUUCCGCCCUUUGCUGAGCUGGGCCCGGUCAUCUUCGACGUCAUGCCCCCGCCGGGGCCGCCUAUCAAGUCGGCCAUUGCGUCCGAGGACAGGUCCAUCCCUGAAUCGGACGUCGCCAAGAUCGCCAUUGAGCCUGAGGUGAAGACUGGGACUGAAGUUGAGGCCCUGCCUAUCUCCGAGUCCGAGGUCAAAGACGAGGCUGAGGAGGAGGUCAAGAUUGCCAUCGAGCCUGAGACCAAGGCCGAGGCUGAACGCGAGCUCAAGGCUGAGGCCGAGGAUGAGGAGGUUGACGGUGGAGUGAAGCUCUCGGAUGAUGAGACCAAUGAAGAGUCGGGUGAGGUUCCUGUCCAGGUUCCUGUCCAGGCUCCUGUCGAGGCCGUCGAGGUUGCUACCGAGGCUCCUAUCGAGGCUCCGAUCGAGUCCAAGGACGAGGUUCCUGGUGAGGCCCCCCGCGACGCCCCUGUGGAGACGGAGAAGGAGAACGCCACUGAGCCUGAAACCAAGCAGCAGCAGGAGGAGGACGCCACCACCGAGGAGGUUACCGUUGUUCAGCGGGAGCGCAAGGAUUCCGGCAAGGGCAUCGACCUGGAGCCUCUACCCAAGGAGCUCGAGUCUAUUCCCGAGCAUGUGCCCGAGAUUUAUGAGGCUGAGUCCAAGGCCCAACCCCAAUUCCGGCCCGCGGUGCUUCGGGAGGCCGACUCGGGAUUCUGGGAAGGUCCCGAGGUCGAAUCUAGCAAGGCCUCGGUCGUUGAACUGGAGACCGUGCCUGAGCCCGCACACGAGCUUGAAUCGGUCACCGCCCCGAAGGAGGUCCCUGGCAUCGAGACCCGCGACUUUGCUGGUGCCGAGGAAGAUGUUAAGGACAAGACCGACAAGGACGCCGAGGUCAACGUUGACGCUACUAAGGAGGUGGUCUCCGAGACCCUCCCCGCCGAGGGAGAUUCCGCCGAGACACUCGUCGACGCCCAGUCCAAGGACCUCGAGUCCCAGCCCGAGCCGGCACCCCUGCCGACCAAGUCGGUCGAGAGGACCCCGGAGCAGCUGGACGACGCUGCGAGCCUUGCGCCCGAGAUUACCCCAGUCCAUGAGCAGGAGCUGCCUGAGACGGACAAGAGCAAGGAAGUCGAGGCACAGCCGGAGCCAGAGAAGGUUCAGAAGGAGACCGUCGAGCCUGAAGUGGUGGCGAAGCAAGAGCCCGAGCCCGAGGCGUCCUCGUCGGACGCUGUCCCUGUUCCCGACGAUGCUGAGCCCGCUGGGCCCUCUGACGCCAAAGCGGCGCAGCACAACGACGAGCCGCGGUCGGAGCCCGCCGCGAAGACGGGACUCCAGCGCGCCAACACCGACUCAGCCCUCCUUGCCGCCGGCCGUGCAGCUGACGCCGUCGAAUCCGCGCCUGUUGUCAGCGGCGAAUUCGUUCCGGGGCUAGACAGCGCAAAGACCGAGGCGGACGGCCAGCCCUGCAGCGCCCAGGUGAGGCAGCGCGGCUGGAAGAAGCGCUUCCUCAGCCUCCGGUACCCGGUCCUCUUCGGCCGGGCUUUUCUUUUUCUCCACCGUCGUCUGGCAGGGGCUUCGCAGCUUCUAUGGGCAGCGGAAGAGCAACAUCUAUGGGUUCGGAAUCUGGGGCUGGGUAUGCAUUCGGAAUUGGCUUGGGAAAUUGAUCCGGAACUGGGUGCGGAAUGGCGGCAGAUCGUCCAUCGGAGGUCGGCCAGGGGGUCGGACGCACGCGAGCGCGGCGCCGGCGAGAUUGCACCUGUAGUUAGAUACAUCUAG